UUGUUUUUGCUGUUUUCUGUUUUAGUUUUGGGACGAAUUGACUACGUGUUCGUUGACCAGCAAUAUGUUAUCAGUAGUAAAACUGCGGAGAUGCAACGAAUUCGAUCUGUGUUUAACCAAGGGCCAUCACGCGUUGAAGCUGCAGUUUACUCUAAAGAAACGAAUAAAGUCUAUUUAGCUUACGGUCUUAAAAUUUGGGCCUUUAAAGUCACAGAAAGUGGCACACGUUUUACACUCGAUUACGGCUACCCGAAAAGAAUGGGAAACCUGAGAGUUGCACAUAUGGAUGCUCUGAUCGGGUUCGACAUGUCAUAUCUGCAUUACAAAUCAGUCAGGCUUUUUAUAUUAAAGAGCGGAAGAUUCUGGGAAUUGGUUCCGAAAUACAAUUACGUUGGUGGAGCUUACUCAAUCACACAUUUCUUCCAAAAUAUCCCAAAAAGCUACGACACAACAUUGACUGUUAAUGACAAGGUGUACUUCGUGUCUAAUAACAAGUUUUAUCAAAUGAAACUUCCCGACAGAUCUGUGAGUUCCACCGGCCUUCCUAUGGAGCAAGUGCUGUUGAGAUGUCGAAAUUAUUAAGUCUAUUUCAAGGAGCGGCGGAGACGAGGCGGUAAGGGUGGGGAAUGGGGAUUUGCAUCAACAUUCUUAACAAAGUCAGACAGUCUCUGAUAACCAGCGAUAAUACAACACAGGCUGCUGCUGCCGCUGCUGCUGCCACUGCUGCUGCCAUCCUGAUAAUGUUGUUGUCGGUGUUAUUGCUGUUGAGGAGGAAUUUCCUGUUGCAGCCGAAGAUAUGGAAAAGCAUCCGUUAUUGGGUUUCAUACUGUUAUAUCGCAUUACUGCAACUACUACUACUCCUAGAACUACAACUACUUCUACUACUACUCCUAAUAAUAAUAAUAAUUGUAAUAAUCCUUUCUACUAAAGGCAUACGGCCGGCAAUUUCGGGAGAAGGGAUUAAGUCGAUUACAUCGACCCCAGUGCGUAACUGGUAUUUAUUUAAUCGACACCGAAAGGAUAAAAGGCAAAGUCGACCCCGGCGGAAUUUGAACUCAGGACGUAGCAGCAGACGAAAUACCGCUAAGCAUUUCGCCCAGCGUGUAGUGCGUAGGACAAAACGCUUAGCGGUAUUUCUUCCAGCUCUUUACGUCCUGAGUUCAAGUCCCACAAAGGUCGUCUUUACCUUUCAUCCUUUCGCGGUCGAUAAAAUAAGUACCAGUUGUGCACUGGGGUCGAUGUAAUUGACUGGCAACUCCCUUUUUCCCUAAAUUUGAAGCAAUUAUUAUCAUUAUCGUUAAUUGUUAUUGUUAUUUAUUUUAUACACGGCAUUGUACCAAACCCCUCUUCUCCCUUGUGUCGUAUUGUCCCUAUUUGUUUUGUGUUCGGAACUUGUGGCCAAUAAAGAAAACUUUAUUACUAUUAUCAUCA